UAUAAAUAGGUGUACUUUGGUGGGUAAUGGGGAGAAUGCUCACGUAGUCACAUGCUAUAAAUCUCUGCUCUGUGAUAAGAAGGUUGCUGGAUCGAAUCUCACCAGAGUUGGAUGCGAUUACGUGAUUUUUUUUUUUUUUUUUUUUUAAUAUGCAAAAGUAUAAAUACAGGUCUUUAAUUAAUCAGGUGGGGCUGAGUCGAAAUGAUCGAAUAUUAACCACGUUCUUAUGUGCUGGACGAAUACGACAAGUUUCUGCUAACUCGAAAACCAUGGCACCGCUAGUCUAUAUAAAACCAGAUUGGAAAAAGUGAUGAUGCAGCGUGAGGGUGGGGGUGGCCUGAUUUAUUAAGAAGGAGUCAGCGGUGAAAAUAUGGUAUAUAAGUUAGUGGAUGGUUGGGUACUUUAGUCAGAGUCUCUCUUUCAUUGCGACGCAUCGAACGUGUUAAGUGAAUACUGUGUUCUCCGUGCAGCUCAGAAUGGCGUCAAACUAUCCUGGUUUAUCAGAUCACACUCUGAACUCUGUGGCACACCUCACCAACGAAGAGAUUGCCCAAAUGUUGUGUUGGAAUGUUGAUCCGGUGAAAAUUACAUGCGCUGAACCUCUAUCUGAUGCGGUUGUUGAUGUGCCAACUUCACCGGAGCCUAAGGUGCCUAAGGCGAAAAGAAAAUGUACUCGGGUUGUUAAGAAUCCAAUUCUUCCUGCUACUCGAACUACUAAGAAUCCGAUUUCCUCUGCUGCUAAGAAGAAACGUGUAUCUAAAGAUAAAUCAAUGAGUUUGAAAGCCUGUAGAAGUGAGGCUCGUGUAGCAAGUGUAUUUAAAAGUAUUGGAGAUAUUUGUGUUAAAAUGGCUCAGAUUUGUAAUGAGUCAACCUCAUCCUGAGAUGUAUAAAAUAAUAAAGUUUUGUCAUUUAAAUAUUGCAUUGAUUUGACAUAUCUAUCCUGUGAUAUCUGGUAGCGGAGAAAAAUAACAGUACAACAACGCAAAAGUAUACCCAUUUUAACUAAUGAUUUAUUUAUUUAUCAGGUUGAUGAGAAACAUACAUCAAAGGCAGGGCCUUUCAUCCCCUUAUACAAAAAAAACAAAGGGCACCCUGCUGAUGCCAUCGUAUUCAUACCCUCCAACUGUUCAUCUGACAUUCUUGCCAGACGUGUAGGUAGAACAAUGAAAAUGGCCUCCCCACCGCCGCCUGGUAACAGUAGUUCUAGCUUUACCUUC